AUGGCAUCCAAGAGGAACACCCUCCGUCAUCUCACACCAACAGAAUCAGACCUCGAUAAUAACAACACCAGCAGCACCGGUCAAGGGGAGAAACUCCGCGAAAAGGCCGCCAAAUCCCUUCACGGCCCCAACGCCAACCCAUCACAGCUGGGAGACCCCAUCAGCCUCAAAGCUGAGAUCAGCGACAACAUCCCCAAGCCAGACGAGGCCGGAUCCCAGUCGUCACCAACACCCCCAUCCAGGCCGCAUAGAAGUGGCCAGGGCGGCCGCGAGACCCUCCGCGAAAAGGCGGCCAAGAAGCUACACGGCCCUGACGCCAACCCGUCCCAGCUGGGUGACCCCAUCAGCCUCAAAGCAGAGCAGAGUGACAAUGUCCCCACGCCGGGCGAGGAGGGGGCUCACCCUGCCGGGCGGGAUCAGCAGCGGCAGAAGGGAGUUGAAGCAAGACCGUCGAAGCUAUGA